AUGGCUCCGGUUCCAGAAAAGACGAAAGCGACUCGCAAGCGUCUGACCCAUAUCGCAGAAGCACGAAAUCGCAGAUCUGCUCGACUGCUCGACAAUGGAUACCGUACCACAGCCGUUAUGCGACAGUUCGGCAUUGCCGAGCGGACCGUACGAAACAUCAAGGCAACUGCUCCCGCAUUGCUCCGCGUAGUCAACCAGAAGCCCCAGUCACUUCAAGCGAAGACCCGCCAGUCCAUUAUGGUCCCCCAUCUCGAACUGAAGCUCCUUGAAUUUCUCAACUAUGCCAGAUCAGCAAAAAUGCCAGUAACACAAACUGUCCUACAAACGCGGGCCCUCAUGAUUAAGGAACAAAUGCUCAAGUUUCAGGUUACAGGUAAAGAUCGCACCACGCUUGACAAGUUCACAGCAUCUCGUGGAUGGGUAGAGAAAUUUGUCAAGCGACAUGCUCUUCGUUCUGUAGCCCUGCACGGGGAGGGAGGGCAAGUACAAGUGCAGGAAGUCGCAAAAGACAUCAACAUCCUGCGAUCACGUUUGCGCAAUUUCGAGCCAGAGAACAUCUACAAUGUCGACGAAACAGGCCUGUUUUUCAAGCUGCUACCUCGACGCAGUGCGUGCGGUGCGGAAUCCACCUGAAACACAAUCAAGUGAUGAAGAUGAGAGCGCUGGGGGUACGAUAGGAAGAAGCGCUAUACCCUCUGCGCUGGAAAUCGCGGAAUUGUUUGGAGAUCUGGAACUUCUGGCAUCUGAGUGCCAAGUUUCAAACGCUUUAUCGCAUCUAAGGUCAGCAAAGCGCGCGUUUCUCACUGCAAAACAUGAUAGAAAACCAACGCCGAUCAGGCAGAUGUUAAUUUCCGAGUGCCUGUAAAUGGAUGUGACGGUGUCACUUACUAAUG